CAAAUACCCAUCAAACUCUGUCUCUCACUUUCCUUCAUUAACUCAUUCCCCAAAAUAAUACCAUUAUAUCACAUUCCCAAACUUUUCUCUACACCUUGUUCCCAAAACGAAAAGAAAAAUUAUAAUGGUUAGUGUGACAUUGGUGUUUUUGGUAUAAAGCUCUUCUUUAUAAAGUAGAUCAUCAAUAUGAUAGCUUCAAAGACUACCACUCCCAAGACUAGCUUAGCGAGUCAAGAGAGCAAGGAGGAGAAAAAUAAAUCGGUUAGAGAUUCCGGUAAGUAUCCGGUUUACCGGGGAGUCCGAAAGAGGAACUGGGGGAAAUGGGUGUCGGAGAUACGCGAGCCGAGGAAAAAAUCACGUAUAUGGCUCGGAACGUUUCCUUCCCCGGAGAUGGCGGCGCGUGCACACGACGUAGCUGCUCUUAGCAUCAAAGGAGCCUCCGCUAUACUCAACUUCCCUGACCUAGCCGGCUCUUUCCCGAGACCUAGCUCCCUCAGCCCUCGUGACAUCCAAGCCGCAGCUCUCAAAGCCGCUCACAUGGAGAUCAUGACGACGACGACAACGUCACAGUCUUCAUCUUCUUCUUUUUUUACGUUUUCGUCUUCACAGUCUUCUUCUUCGCUUGAGUCUCUCGUGUCUUCCUCUGGGACGGGCUUAGAGGAGCUAGGGGAGAUCGUAGAGCUGCCGAGUUUGGGAUCGAGUUACGAUGGUUCGACUCAGCUAGGUAAAGAUUUUAUAUUCUCUGACUCGACGACAGACUUAUGGGUUUAUCCACCGCUUUGGUCAGAAGGUGAUUAUGAGAUGGUUCCUUCUGCAUUAUUAUCACAAGAUUGGGAUCUUCAAGGACUGUACAAUAAUUAUUAAGUCAUAAUAAUCAUAUUAAUAUACUAGUAAAUGCUGUGUUUAAUUACUUUUUAAUGAACCCUUUAUUUUGUGGGGUGAGUUUAGGGUUAUUAGUCUUUGAUUUUUUUUUCAUUUUUUUUUUCAAUCUCUGUGUGUGUGUGAGAGAGAGCUCCAUAUAUGAAUACUUGUACAUAAUUCUCAUAACAUGUUUUUAUUUUUAUUUUAAAUCAGUGUGUGUAAAUUUGAAAAAUAAAGAAUAUUGGACUAGUA